AAAACACACCCUAUGUGGCAACAAUAUUUAAUAUCAGAUCAAAUUGUGGGAUAUGUCUGUAUAUCCCCAUGUAAUAAAAACAAACCACAUUUUUAUCUGCUUUUUUUCAAAACAAAUUUUUAUUGAAUUAUAGUUGCUUUACAAUGUCAUGUUAGUUUCAGGUGUACAGCAAAGUGAUUCAGUUAUAUAUAUAUUACAUAUAUAUAUAUUCUUUUUCAUAUUCUUUUCCAUAAUAGGUUAUUACAAGAUACUGAAUAUAGUUCCCUGUACUAUACAGUACGGCCUUGUUUAUCUGUUUUGCUGCUGUCUUUCUUAAGUCAGUACUCUUCUCCCUCCUACUUCUCCUGGAUUUGAUGUGAGAAUGUUGGAGAGAAGAAAAAGAGGAAACUCAGGGGCAGUGGGGCUCUGGGAGUUCUCAGUUUGUGAUACUGUGUAUUGGGUCCAGGGGGCAGCUACCAGAGAUAGAAGAAUGGGAGUAGCUGAAACUUCGGGGCAAAAGCUGACUCAUUUUUACCCCUUUUUAAAAUUUUGUCAAGUGCUGGCUUCUGACAGUGAGGAAGUAAUUAGGAACUCAAAGUAUGAUAGUAUGGUCAAGAAAUAGACUUUUCUAUGGGUAAUACUUUUCAUUUUAAUCUUGAUGAAAAUAAAGCUAUUAUGUUAAAUACAGUGAAAAUUUUCCUUCCUGCCAUUAGUGGAGUGACUCAUUUGAUCUAAGCCCUUGGGCUAAUAAGCAGUGUGUAGAUUUACCUUUCUGAUGUUUCCUGUCUGAGGACAAGAGAACUGUUGUACUCUCACAUCCAUUGGUAAAGUACUUUUUAUUGACUCAGGGUUUUGCAAAGACUUUAUCAAGUUGUUUCUCAAACAACCCCAUGAGGAUGUAAUAAGUCCCACCAAGCCCUGGUUACACACACAUGCCUACAUGAAUGCAAAUAGAGCCAGAUACUAAUUUGACUGAUAUUAACUUAUGUAUUUUUUGCCCAGUACUUCCUGAUAUCCCAGACCUUUCCCUGGUUUUAGCAGCAGCAUCUAGGGAAUUCUGCACUGACUGCCUCAGGGAAAGAAUAUUAUUGACAGGUAUCAACUAUUAGUUGAUGACUUUUGAAAGGCAAGAGCCAGACCACAGGAGAUGAGGAGGAUCAAAGUUUCACCAUUUCUCCCCCAACUAAUUCCACAGGCUGCGAAGGAAGGAAGGUGAAGUUCAAGAGAACAAGGAGAGCUUAGAUGUUAACACAGGGGUUUCCUAGAUAAGGUUGUACCACCAAUCUCAGACAGGUAUGAAGGAUCUGAGAGCAUUAAAAAACCCAUGCUUCACUUCUUGGGUAGAAACAGGGCAAGCAUCAGGGAAUGAGGAUUCUCUAAGCCUCAUGUGGUAUAGAAGGAGUGAGAAUAGUUCCCAGGAGCACAGAAGUCACAAUGGCAUGAAGAGAAAGGUAACCAGAUGUGAUUCACAUCACUCAGAUUCACUCUUUAUUCUGCAACUCCAAACUGCUGUAAGUUUUAGUUUUAGAAUUUCCAUUUAGUUCUUUUUUAUAGUUUCCAUUUCUUUACUAAGAUUCUCUACCUGCCCACUCACAAUUUCCCUUAAUUUUUGGAACAACUUUCAAAGUUAGUUUCUAUUGCCUGCUUUUUUUGUUUUUGACCCUUCUGUUGACUUUUCUGUUCCCACCUUUAUGAGGAGGGACUUCUUGGUCACGGUAGUGUCAGAAUUGGGUUAAGCAAUGACACUAACUUAGAUACCAAGGACCUAAGGUAAAAGCAAUCACUUUAAGUGGGGCAGGACACCUCAUUAGAAAUGGUGCCUAAUGUGUGAUGAUUUCCAGUCUUCAAAUAAAAAGGACAGUUGCAAAAGCCUUGUGAAAACGGCAGGGGUGGCUUCUCCAGUCUUCUUGAUCAGUCUCAAGAAACUGACAGGACCUUCCCACUCACUAGGGAGUAGAACUGGAAGAGAACUGAAAACAUUAGCAUUUAACCCCCUGCCUUCUACCAAGUAGAACAGACUCCCCCAUUGAUUAAUCUUUUUCCAAAUUAAAAGCACCUUUCUUGCAUUUCCUGAUAUAAAGGUGAUACAUACUUAGAAAAAUCAGCCAAAACAGGAAGGCAUAAAGAAUAAAGUGCUACCCAGAGAAAUUACCAUUAGUAUUUUGCUGAACAUCCUUCAAGAUGCUGCUCUGUGAAAAUACUCAUGCAUAUAAUUUUAUGUGAAUGGAAUAACAUACAUGCUUUUAACUCAAUACAUGGUAAAGAUCAUUAUCAGUAAAUAUAGAUCAACAGCAUCCUUUUUAAUGACUGUCUAUUGUGUGGCAUAGGUUUACCAAGAUUUAUUAAACCAAUCCUCAAUAGAAGGACACUGAGUUCUAGAUUCUUGCAGUGAGGAACAUUAUUUCUGCUUUCUCUGUGUAUGUAUAACAUCUCUGUGUACUUGUCAGAUUAUGUCUCCUUGAGGCAGUACAUUUCUAUAACAUUAUUUCUGGGCUGUAGCAUAUUCAACAGGCUUGAUUUCUGGACCUAUGAGGCAGUGUGGUGACUUUGUACUAUGUCAACUCACCUAAGCAGGAUCUGUUUUCCAGAAUCCUGCAUGGUUUCGGGUUAGCAUUUGGCCCAUGAGGAAAAUGUUGAAUGAACUUUACAAGGCAGAGGCUAUGGUUUUCACACCUGAAGGACAGCGCAGGGGUCCAGGCAUGGUGGUAACUCUAGCACGUUGUGGCUGAUCCACUGGCUCCCCUUGCUGUCAUAAGGCAGCACCCAGACUCCAGCUCCUGCCAGAUCUUCAGUUUCUUCAUGUCCUAAGCCAAGUGCAUGUGCAGCUCCAUGCAGGGUGCCAGCUUCUCCUGCAGUGCAUCUGCAUUAUCCAUGUUGGAAGUAGUGAGAGUCUUUGAAGAUUCCAGUUGUUCAUGAAUUUCAGUUUGUCCCCACAAGUUCUAAUUCUGUUCUUACUCUCAUAUAUGUCCAGCUUUCUAUCCUGACUGCCUCUAGCUGAUCUAUGGUGACUUCAAGCUCAACAUCAGAACCAGAGACAGCAAACAGCCUAGCAUAGACUCCUCCACCUUCUCCCACCAUCGUGUAAGGUCUAAAGCAGCCCUGUCCAGCAGAACUUCUGUAGUGAUGCAAGUAUUUUCUAAGUGAGCUGCCCAAAUAUGGUAACCACUAGUCCCCAUGUGAGUCUUUAGCACUUGAAAUGUACUUAGUGCAAGUGAGAAACUAAAUUUUCACUCUUAUUUAAUUUUAAUUCAUUUAAAUUUAAAUAGCCACAAGUGGCUGCCAUAUUGAACAGCACAAGUCUAGUGCCUAAGAAUAAAACACUCAUUCGUUAUCAGAGUGGUUCUGUUUCUCCACUUGAAUCUGACGGAUACAGGCAGCAGCUGCUGACCGGUGGGGAAGGGGAUGUUGACAGAACGCUAGCAUGCCAGGAAUGACAGGCCUGGAGGACCCAGACCUGGGGGGCUCACCAGCCUGCCAUCUCUGAACUUCUUACAGGAGAAAAAUAGACCCCCUGUGAGCUUGCCCUGUUGGGAACCCCAUCCCCAAACCGGUCCCCAAGACAGAGUGAUCACAGUGAGCUAAAGUAGUCACAGACAGCAGGCAGUCUUUCCUUUACUCUCACACCAUGACUUUACCCUCUUGCCAGUUCCCUAUGCAGAUCCUCCUUGCUCCCAGGCCUCCUCCCUUCCCCAAAGGAAUAUGAUCUUCCUUACAGAAUAUAACUACCCAUGUCUGUCUUUUUUGUUUUGUUUUGAACAUCAACCCAUUUUCAUAACUCUGUAAUUAUUGCAGUAGGAAGUAAGCAAUCAUUUUUGUCAGCUCCAGUCUCCGAAACUGGUGACUUUCCAAUAAACUUUACUGAGAAUGGACCUUUCUGGGUAGGUCUGGCACAGUUAAUUGAACAUGACAAAAUGUAUGGCUGAAAGACAUUUUCUUUCACAGCUGAGCUUGAAUUGCGAACAAUGUGCAGUGGUUUCAAGCUGUGCCCACAAACACAAUUCUACACGAUCACAAGGAACAUUUAUUUUUUCUUUUUUCUUUUUAGUGGUUGCUUAAACAAGUGGUUAUCCGUUAUGGCGCUGACAUUGGAAACGGCGAAAUGCUGGCAACCGAAUCAAAGCAAAAGUGCAAGACAGCUCAGUGCGCGCGUGGUUUGGUUCCUUGAAUGCAAAGGCUUGCGUUUUCAUUUCCUCUUAGUUUUGGUCCCGCCUCUUGGUGUAUCUUCUUGAGAAUGUUUUUUAAAGGAAAGGAAAAGAACAUAUUUCUCAUACUGCAAGCCAUCUUUCGUGUCAGUUCCCUUCUUUUUCCCGUCUCACUGGACUGGGUCCUCCUAACUUCUUUAUCGGUUGGUGAGUCGCUUUGCUCUCUCCGGUGUUGCCCGGCCUUCAGUGAGUCCUGCGCAGACCACGAAGUGCCCGGCCCUCCUUCCCAGCUCUCCACCAGGGCUAAACGCUUCCAGGCUGAGAAAAAUAGCCAGGAGGAAGCGCAGCGUGGAAGGAGGACCCCUCUCCGGCAGGCCAUCCGCGCCUUGCCUGGCCCCCUCUCCGCCCCCGCUCCCUGCCCGGGCUCGCGAGAGACUAUCCGUGUGACACGUCCACCUCCUGGCAGCUCGCGGGUUCUCGCCCGGAGCAGCGGGGAGGAGGCGGCUGCGGCUUCCUGGGUGUGGGUCCCUGGAGGAGCCUGGAGCGCCGUCCGGAUGCGGCAGCCGAGCGGCCUCUCUGGGAGCCUCGGGAGACCCGUGCCAAGCCUGCCCUCAGUGCGCGCCACGGGCCAGCAGAGGGCUCUGGAUUUUGGUCCCUCCCCUUUCCCUCUGGGUCCCGGAGCACUCCAGCUCUCAGACCCUCCUCCCCCCAGGUACAGGCCGGCGGGAGAGGAGGACGCAUCUCUCCUCCCAGCACCCUACCAUGGGCAACACUUCCAGUGACUCCAGGCUCGAGAACUGCGAUGCUGAACAGUGGCUUCCCUCGGGUGAAAGUCCCGCCAUCAGUGCGGUGAUGUUCUCGGCCGGGGUGCUGGGAAACCUCAUCGCUCUGGCGCUGCUGGCGCACCGCUGGCGGGGGGACUCGGGGCGCAGCGCCGGCCCCGGGAGCUCCAUCUCGCUGUUCCAUGUGCUGGUGACCGAGCUGGUGUUCACCGACCUGCUCGGUACCUGCCUCAUCAGCCCCGUGGUGCUUGCUUCCUACGCACGGAACCAGACCCUGGUGGCACUGGCGCCCCAGAGACGCGUGUGCACCUACUUUGCCUUCUCCAUGACCUUCUUCAGCCUGGCUACCAUGCUCAUGCUCUUCGCCAUGGCCCUUGAACGCUACCUAGCCAUCGGGCACCCCUAUUUCUACCAGAGCCGGAUCAAACGCCGCGGCGGCUUGGCCGUGCUUCCCAUCGUCUACACAGCCUCCCUGCUGUUUUGCUCCUUGCCGCUGCUGGGCCACAGGCAGUACGCCCAGUACUGCCCUGGGACGUGGUGCUUCAUCUGGCUCGAGCAGACUACGUACCUUAGGCUUUACGCCACCCUGUUGCUGCUCCUCAUCAUUGCGGUGCUCGUCUGCAACUUCAGUGUCAUCCUCAACCUCAUCCGCAUGCACCGCCGGGGCAAGAGGAGCCGCUGCGGACCCUCCUUGGGCGGCAGCCGCAGGAGAGGGGAAAGGGUGUCCAUGGCAGAGGAGACGGACCAUCUCAUUCUCCUGGCUAUCAUGACCAUCACCUUUGCCAUCUGCUCCUUGCCUUUGACGAUUUUUGCAUAUAUGAAUGAAACCUCCCGAAAAGAAAAGUGGUACCUCCAAGCUCUUAGAUUUUUAUCAAUUAAUUCAAUAAUCGACCCUUGGGUCUUUGCCAUCCUGAGGCCUCCUGUUCUGAGACUCAUGCGUUCAGUCCUCUGUUGUCGGGUUUCAUUAAGAGCACAAGAUGCAACACAAACUUCCUGUUCUGCUCAGUUGAAUGUCGGUAAAUAGGCUGACCCUUGAGGACAGCAAUUAAGGAGUGCUUAUUAGCCAGCCUCUGGAAGAUCAUUUUGAAAUGUUUCCUUGGCAAAAUGGGAAAAAGUUAGAUUUUAAACACACUGAAGCUACCCUGAUAAAACAGAGUAAAAAAACAUUUCAGCAGUGGCGUGGGCUCCAGACAUGCUGACAAGGCACUUUAUGGAAGGUGUCAGAAGGAUCUAUAAAACCUACCCUCAGUGAGCAUGUUCCAUGGCCUUUAGAAGAACAACCAACAGCACUUAAGAUCCAGUGCCUUUUGAUUUAAGCUUUCCUGUUGAAUGAGAGCAUGUAGUUUUGUAAUUUGUUUAAAACCCCUAAAAGUCACUGUGUUUUCUAUUUUAAUCUUCUAGGCUAGUACCAUUAUAAACAUACAGUGUACAGUCAGACCAGAUAAAACGUCUUACAUAUUCUCUAGGAAGUGGGUAUGUGGAAGCAACCAAGCCUGGUGUCCCGUUAUUGCUUAACAAUGAGUUUGAAAAUCACAGGUACUUUGUACUGUAACGUUUGUGUAUGUGGGAGUAGUCUCUCGUCAUGACAGUAUUACUCCUGAAAGAGUGGGCUCAGCUGGUUAACAUCAGCCUUUUUACCAGUCCGCCAGAAGCUGUGUGUCAGAAUGUCAGGUUAUUUAUUUUAUAAUGUCCAUUGUGCUACUUGUAACCAAGAAGACUAGGAAUUUUCCUCUCAACAACAAAUAGUAGGCUAUUAAGAGAGAAAAUUCCAAUUAAUACUCUUCAUUCUAUUUUCAGGGAAAGGUAUAUGCAGCUAUGAAGCCAAAUAUUAGGAUUAAAAACUGAAAAAUCUGGUCAGUUCUUCAGAUACACUGUAACUUUUAAUCCCAACGUUGAGGCCAUGACUAACAUCCACUUUAUAAGAUGACUGCGUUGUAGCAAAAUUCAUCUAUGUGUCUAUAUUUUUAUCUAGGAAACAUGGCUUGACUCAUACUAUAUAGGAAAUCAUGUAACAUUGAGUCAUGUCUUAAUAUAUUUCUAAAUCUAAAUAUUUGGGAUGGUGGAAAUUUGGCAUCAAAAUAUUUCAGUGAAUUUGCACUGUUUAAUCAUAUCUUAGUUUACAGUGUAAACUCAUCUGAAAUGUUACAAACAUAAACUAUAAAAGAAAAAUUUGAAAUUGGAAUAGUAUUUGAUGAAUCCCUGGCAAAUAGCAUUUUAUAAUUAGUGUAGAUAUAAUAGUUUUUUAAACAAGAGAUAAAACUAGAAAUUUUUUUUUAAUUUGGCAGGUUUUUAAAAUUAUGGUUGCAUUGUAAAUUAGAAUUUAAAAUAUUCAAUACAGUACUUGGCAUUAGAGGAGUUUUUUUUCCCCUUAUAGCAUGUUCUUCAAAAUAGUGGAACCACCUUAUUUUUUUGCAGUGUUAUUACAACAUAGCUGUUAUUUAAAAAAAAAAAAAAAGGUUAGUUUUUUCCAAACUCUCAUUGAGUUGCUUACGUAAAACCAUUUCCUAUAAGUAGUUAUCAGAUUAGAUCAUCACUUACAAGUGAUUCCAAACCAAUCUAGAAGUCAGUGUAUUUUGACACAAUCUAUGUCAAAUCAGCCCUUAUUUUAAAAAGAAUAAAUAAAUGGUAUGCUUUUCUACUAAUUUAAACAAACCAGGCAAAAUUUAACUUAGCUAAAAUCUGGACGUAUAAAUAAAUCUUCCCUGUCCAUCAAGUAUUCUAAAGUUAAGAAAUUGUUCUAAAAAGGACUAAUUAGGCUCAUGGGUAAUUCCUAAACAUAAAAUUCUGAAGUUUCUUUGAAUCUGGAAGAUUGAUUUCUUUUAUCAGAUGACUUCUUUUUCCUCCAGAUGAAAAUGUUAACUACAAUCAUUUACCCUACCUCACCACCCCCAAAAUUCUGGAAUAAUGCCUGAGAACUUAAAAAAAAAGCAAAGAAAAGCACAAACUGGGACAUAAUACCAAUGGUGGGGACAAAUGAUUCAUUC